UGGGUCUUCCUGCGAGAGAAAUCAAGAGAAGUUGCGCGGCUGAAAUGCCGCCGAUAUGGCGCCUUCAAUAAGUAAAGAAGAAUUGAUGAGGAACUCUGAUCCCCUAGUCUGGGAACUAGGUGGUACAGACGAUGCAGAGAAAACCGAAAGGCUCUGUGAGUGCCUCUGGAUUGCUCUGAACAGCAGGUUUUGUAAUAUUAUAAUUGUGACAAUAACUGUGAUUGAAAGUCUAGUCAUCCUCUCCGAACUGCUCAUAGAUUUAGAAUAUAUCCAAGAUCCGGCAUGGCAUCCCAAAAAUUAUAACUGCUCUGUCAAUCAAACUCUGCCUGCCUAUCCCAGUGCAAGGUUGAAAGCAGCCAAAACCAUAUUGUCCUACCUAAGCCUUGCCAUACUAACUAUAUUUUUAACUGAGGUCAUAUUUAGGAUUGUGACUGGGAAGUCUAGAUUUCUAGUGCAGGGAUUAGAGAUACUAGAUGCAGUCAUCAUCAUCACAGCCUUUUCGCUGGAUGUGGCUUUCUAUGCAUCGCCUACAAAAGACAAAGCCAAGGAGGCUGCAGUGCUGAUAGUUCUUUUAAGGGUCUGGAGAAUCAAGAGGGUUAUUGACAGUAUUGUUGACGUCGAGAAACUCAAACUCAGCUACAUUAUCAGCGAGUACCAGCGGGAGAAGACGAUAUCAGAAAACAAGGGAGAAGUGCUCAUACUAAGGGUGGAAGACUUAGAGCAUGAAGUUGCCUACCUGAAGGAGAAGCACAAAAAGACGGAGAAAGAGCUGCAGGCGCUGCGCAAGCGCGGAAAGCGUGACAGUGGGUCUUCAUCUUCCUCGAGCUGCCGCCACGCCACCGUCACCAUUGGCAUCGAGACCUGCCUUCCAUCUUCCAGCUCAGUGGAGACUCAGACCAGUGAUCUUUCUGAUAAGCAGCAGCACGGCACCUGCUUGUCUGGUAGUUCUUUUCUUCGGUGCGCAGCAUGCGCCGUGACUGAAGCCAAGUGGAACUGCAAGUUUGCACGCUAUGCCGUUGAGUUGGCAGCCUUCUACUUCACUGCCAUCCACAGACCAGGGAGGGAAAAUGUUGCUGAAAAUUUGCCUCGCUACCAUGUUCCCCAACAGGCAUGUCUCGUGUUGAAAUUGCAGGAUUUGGAGCUUGUUCACAUGCAGCAAACUGACGAGUACUGCCACCAAAUUCUAGAGAAGCUGGAGAACCAGCCCGACACUCAACCAGAAACGAGUUCACGACCCCUUAAAGUUUUUAUACUCUGUAUUAAUCCACGUAACAAAUGGAGGCCGUGA